ACUUAUUUAAGGCUGGAAAGUGACACAGGGGCGCCUCGUCUGCGCCGGCCGCGCUCCGCCGGGCAGCCCGGCCGCACCGAGCCCAGCGCCGCGGUGCGGGAUGCCGCCCGGGUGACCGCCCCGAGCCCGGCCGCCGCCUCGCAGCUCUCCGGACAAGGAGCCGCGUCCCGCCGCUGCCCCGCCAGGACCGCGGGAAGGGGCUUUCUUUUGGGGUGCUUUUUGUGUUGCUGGAUUUGGGGAUUUUUUUUUUUUUUGCUUUUUGGCUUUUCUUUUUCUUUUUCUUUUUUUUAACUCUUCUUUCGCCGCUCCGGGCUGCGCUUUCGCGGAGAGUUCGCCGCCCUUCCCCGCCGCGCGGCGCCGGGCUCCGGCAGAGCAUGGAGAAGUACGAGGAGGACAUGGCACUGAAGGCCACCAAGUUCAUGGAGGACCUGUCCCUGUACGAGCCCUGCCCGGAGGGUCCGUACGGCCGGGGCGGCCGCCGGGACCUGGUGCUGCACCCCGACCUGGAGGAGACCAAGCGGGUCAUCGCCGCCCACAUGACGGCGGAGGAGCGGGGCCGGAAGAUGAACGGCACCGCCGCGCCGCCGCCGCCCGCCGAAGGCUUCCCCGCCGCCGCCCCCUGCGGCAAAGCCGCCCCGCUCCGCGCCAACGGCCGCGCCGCCGCCGAGCCGCCUCCGGGAGCGGGCCCGCCGUGCUGCGAGGAGGGGCUGUGCACCCGCUCCGAGGUGGCGCUGCCCUGCUACAGCGGCUUCGCCGACAAGGGCAAGCGCUACUCGGCUGAGGGCUACCGCUACGCCGCGGGCAGCGCCUACGAGGGCGGCUACGUGGCCAAGGGCGGCGGGCGGGCGCCCGGCGGCCCGGACGGCAAGUUCGGCGCCGCCAGCCCGCGGGCCAGCCUGGCCGCCGCCUCGCCGGGCCCCGCCGCCGAGCACGGCAAGUUCUCCAGCCCGCGCUCCAGCCUGGGCGGCGCGGUCGCGCUGCCCUACGAGAAGUUCUCCAGCCCCCGGUCCAGCCUGGUGGUGCCCGGGCAGGACAAGUACGGCAGCCCCCGCGCCAGCCUGGUGCAGUACGACGGAGCCGCCCUCAGCCCCCGCUCCAGCUACGCCAGCACGGCCAGCGACACCAGCAAACACUCCAGCCCCCGCGCCAGCCUCACCGGCUACGAGGGCGGCGGCAGCAAGCCCAGCAGCAACCGCACCAGCGGUAUCAGCAUGGGCUACGACCAGCGCCACGCCAGCCCCCGCUCCAGCACCGCCAGCCAGUACUCCUGCACCGCCAGCCCCCGCUCCAGCUACUCGGACUCCAGGUACGGCCCGCCGGGCAGCGCCGAGCCCGAGGGGGCGGGCGGCACCGGGCUCGCCCUGGCCAGCCCCCGCUCCAGCCUGUGCGGCCCCGAGGGCCGCGGCUCGGCCGGCCCCGCCGUGGUCAGCCCCCGCUCCAGCAUCUCCAGCCAGAGCUCGCGGAGCUCCCGGGGCUCCAUGAGCGCCUAUCCCGAGCUGCAGCUGCCGUCGCCUCGCUCGUCCCUGCUGGGGCCCGGCCUGCCGGAGGACGGCGCCGUGCCCGAGCUGGGGGACGUGUACCACCGCAUCCAUGCCCAGUCCCCGCCGCGGCACGACCCGCAGCAGCCGGCCGGCGCCCCCGAGCCGCCGCCCCCCUACGCCUACAGCCCCACCAAAGGCUCCGCUUCGGCUCCCAAGUUCAAGCUCCCCUACCAGGUGACGCCGUGCCGGGAGAGCGGCCCCAGCCAGGCGGAGAGGCGGCUGGAGGCGCUGACGCUGGAGCUGGAGAAGGAGCUGGAGAUGCACAUGAAGAAGGAGUACUUCGGUAUUUGUAUAAAAUGUGGAAAAGGUGUGUAUGGAGCGAGCCAGGCUUGCCAAGCAAUGGGCAACCUCUAUCAUACCAACUGCUUCACCUGCUGCUCCUGUGGGAGAAGACUACGAGGAAAAGCAUUCUACAAUGUCAAUGGCAAGGUGUACUGUGAAGAAGACUUCCUAUAUUCAGGUUUUCAGCAAACAGCAGACAAGUGCUUUGUUUGUGGACACCUCAUAAUGGAAAUGAUCUUACAGGCCCUUGGCAAGUCCUACCAUCCUGGCUGCUUCCGCUGCGUGGUGUGUAACGAGUGCUUGGAUGGAGUCCCCUUCACUGUAGAUGUGGAAAACAAUAUUUACUGUGUCAAAGACUACCACACGGUUUUUGCACCAAAAUGUGCUUCCUGUAACCAGCCAAUCCUCCCAGCACAGGGCUCCGAGGAGACCAUCCGGGUGGUGUCCAUGGACAAGGACUACCACGGGGGGGCACGUGGAGGUGCUGACCUAACUCUGCCUGGGGAGGUGGAGCAGUGGACUGUGGCUUGCAGCUCAAUGACGAGGAAGGCCAUCGUUGUUACCCCCUAG